AUGCUUCAUGACUUCUAUUCCAAAGAUACAUCAGGUCAAAAGUUAGUGGAACAAACAAUACUGAACAACACAGAGCACAAAUUAUACAAAUUAUCCAAGGGGCUUUUGCACUACAAGGAUAGAAUUUUCAUAUCCGACAUAGCUGGACUUCACAACAACCUUCUUCAUGAGUUUCAUGACACACCCACCAUAAACCACUUGUGUGUUAAGGCAACCCUUGCACACAUGUCAGCUUCCUUCUCUUGGCCAGGUCUCUACAUAACGGUCAAAAACUUUUUCAAACAUUGUGUAACUUGUCAACACAAUAAAUACAUAAAUCAAAAGAAAAAAGGGAUUAUUGCAACCUCUACCAAUCCCAAACCAUAUUUGGGACGACCUUACUAUGGACUUUAUUACAAACGUACCAAACUCUUUCAGCCACACCGUGAUUUGGGUCAUUUGCGACCAUCUCACAAAAUUUGUCCAUUUCAUUGCUUUACCAACAAACUUCACCGCUAA